AUGAGUUUGCUUGGGUCAAUGAUGUAUGCACUUCAAAGAGUUGGCAGUUACCGACGCUCUUCCAACUCCCCCUCGAAUCCGCCUUUAUCACCGGGACACAGUGGUAACAAUUCUCUGACUCCAAAUCAAGCUUCAAUACCCGAAGCCUCUAAAGUUGAUCCGGAGAAAAACCAAAAGACUCCUCCAAACCUGCAGGUACCCAAUAUAGACCAUCUACAGAAAGAGUUGCCUCUAAACCAUUCCGUCGAAAGCCAAAAGAUUCAGAAGAAGGGUCAUUGGGACCAAACAGCAGUUAAGGAGACUGAUCUAACAGAAGGAAGUAGUGAAUUGUCGGAAGAAAUUCCCUUGAAGCAGUUCUACGCAAAGAGAAGGGAUUCCGAAAAGCAGGAAAAUGCUCAUAACAACUGGAAUUUCAGAAAUCACAAUAGCGGUUUUCCCAAUCUUCCUGUCUUACCCGCUUCAAUAAACCUUCGAAACACCGAUUUCUCAUCAAGGCCACUUGAACGUCCUCUAACGCAAGUUGUCCAUAACCGACCACGAAGAUCAUUCCCAGUCAUUCCUCAUUUGCCCAAGAAAAGUUUGGCUAACAUUGAUGAUACCGCAUUUCUUGAAAGGAGGGCAAGUGCCAGUAAUCCAUCCCAAAGGUAUGCCUACGUCAAAAAGCAAGAUCGAAUGAAGAAAUACACCGAUCGAUUCAGCGAAGAAGAUGAGGAAGACGGAAAUGCUCCCCUACUUCACGCCUCAGAAAUGGAACGUCGUUUUCCUCGAAGGCCUAAAGUCUCUAACACUUCAGCAGUGGUUCUGCCACCAUUCCAUGAAGAUCUGGAAUUCAGAGUGGCAGGUAUGCCCGGUGAAUUUGUUGACCAAGCUGAUUAUUUCGAUGGUGAAGUGGAUGAACCAGAAUUGGAUGCUUCUUACUUCUCGCGUGGUGAUACUCCAAGUCCUGCACCUUCUGUCAGUGUACCUUCCUCGGUUUACGCUUUUGGAAAGUGGCCAGAUGGUACGGAACGAGAUGCUGGUUGUGCGCGAUCAGGUCGAAAACCGGUAAGCCCGCAUCUAUAA